UUGGCUAAAACCCUACUCCCAUCCCCUCUCCUCCCAACCCCAUUUGAACUUUCAUCAAAUACCCUCUCGUACCAAUAUUUCUUCAUAAUUUCUUGGUUUAAAUUUCUCAUGGGGGCGUUUCAACUUCAAUCUCGUCUUCAAGUUUCGAAGAUUUUGUCUUCAACUAUUCGGAAAUGGGAAAUAGAUUUUCCUCUCCUCCACAACCCAUUGCGAACGCCGGAUUUCUCACUCUACCCUGCGCAAUCUCGUCGUUUUGCCUCCAAUUCCAUGGAUGACGAUCAUGCCUUCUCGGAUUCCGAGCCGAUAAACACUCCGCCGCAACGUCGUUUUCCUCCAGAUCAUCGCGAAGCUCGUCGUGUUCCCAGAGGGGGAGUAACUGCUUCUUACGAUAAUCGAAAUCAACGCUUUAAUAGGCAUUCAGAAGGUUCCUCUUCUCGAUUCACAAAUGAAGGGUCGACUUCGCCACAAAGGAGUGAGUCUUUAUCUCAGAAAGAUUUUAGCUUUCUUGAAAAAUUCAAGCUGAAUACUGAUAAUCAGAGUAGUGGUAAAGAGAAAACUGAGGAGAACUCUUCUUCUGCUCCGGUGUCUGAAUCAAUGCUGGAGAAGCAGCAGUCGGAACCGCAGCGUCCUCCAGAAGCUGAUGAGAUAUUCGGGAAAAUGAAGGAGACUGGUUUAAUUCCCAAUGCUGUUGCUAUGCUUGAUGGGCUUUGUAAAGAUGGACUUAUACAAGAAGCAAUGAAGCUUUUUGGUUUGAUUCGUGAGAAAGGUACAAUUCCAGAAGUUGUGAUUUACACUGCUGUUGUUGAUGGGUUUUGCAAGGCGGAGAAGUUUGAUGAAGCGAUUAGGAUUUUCAGGAAAAUGCAGCAUAACGGUAUUCCUCCAAAUGCCUUCAGUUUUGGUGUCUUGAUUCAGGGAUUGUACAAAUGCAAAAAGUUAGAUGAUGCUGUAGCAUUUUGCAAUGAGAUGUUAGAAUCUGGGCAUUUACCAAAUCUUACCACUUUUGUUGGCCUAAUUGAUGCGUUAUGCAAUGAGAAGGGUGUGGAUGAAGCUCAUAGUGUUGUAGAAACCUUUAAACAAAAGGGAUUCUUGAUUGAUGAGAAAGCUUUAAGGGAAGUUUUGAAUAAAAGAGCCCCAUUUUCACCAGAUAUCUGGAAAGUGUUCUUUGGUAAUAGAAAACCCCCAUUUUUCUGAGAUUGCUGUCGUAGUGUUGUGAAGAGACCAAUCAUAUUACUGAGAAGAAACCACAAGUUGAAAUCAUUGUAACUCAGUAGUCAGAAUUUGAUUAUCGCGUUGAAGAAUAAAAAUCUGGUUGAAGAGUGAACUGUCUACAACUGUUUAAGUGAGAGCUCUAAACCAUUGGUCAAGUUUGGGGAACACAAAACUUGUGCAGUCAAGUUCAUUGACCUUUCGUGAAAGAUUGUGUGGACUGGAUCAAUGCAUGGGAGACAUUAGCUGCAGUUAACAACUGAUGGAUAUUUUUUGCAAGAUUGAACAUCAGAAAAUCUGUCCAAUUCACCAUUUACCUCUUAGAUUUUUUUUAAAACAAUCAUGUAAGUUAUGACUAUGUCAUUGCUUCCCAGUUGCUACCACUAAUGGCUAUAUAGAGUUUCUUUUUGUCUCUCACUCUCUGUGCACUGUGCUUAACUUCCCUUAUUUAAUUAUUUGAUUGUAAAGAGUUUAUAUGAGUGACUAGAAAGCUUAACCUAAUAGAUUGAUUGGUGAUGUAACAUAGUAUAAGGAUGGAAGGUCUUGUAUUCAAAUUUUUGUAACAAACCGUUGUUUCUUCUCCAAUUAACAUUGAUUUCUACUUGUAGGUCUUCCACAAAUUUUCAAGCCUACAAGUAAGGAGAAUGUUAAAUAUUGGUAUAUUCAAAUUUACCAUAACUCUUUGGUUUAAGCUUUUGAUUGGUAAUUUAAUAAGAAACAUGAUGGAAGUAUCCCUGAUUGUUGAUUCUCUGUGUUGAGUUCUGUUCAUGGCUGUACUCUACUCCUUGUUAUAUUAUAUUUUAUUUAGGUGUGGAGAGUGAAGAAUAUGGAAGAGACACCGCCAUCUGGCUUUAGAGAGGAGAAUGAGAAAGAAAUCCCACGUUGCAAGGUACCCGUUUAUUUUAAAGCUAAGGCACAACUCAUCAGAUAUAUAUUGUAUUUUGUUUAGAGGAGUAUGGAUGAUUUGGUCGGUAUUAUUCUAUCUUGAACUGCAAGUUUAGUCAAAACCUGGGAAGGGAGGUGGAUUCUCUUGUUUCCUUAUUGUUAAUUGUUAUUAGAAGUGAAAUAUUAAGAUAUGAAUGGAAGAUUUUGGUAUCUCAUGUGAAUAUUUUAGAUACUUGAGGCAUUGACUAACUUAUGAAGUAUUGAGUGCAAUGUGGGGUCGGCGCCGGCCCUCCUUUCCAGCCGGAAUCAUGGUUCUAACACACUAAAAUAUUAACAAACGCAUUGGAUUUUAGGAAAUCUUCUCCUUACGAGUUUUGAGAUCCUUUUUUUCCUUUUUAUUUUACAAAAAGUUCAAUAACAACAUGUGAGAGGUGAGUGAAAGUGGUGAUUUAAACCUUUGACUUUUGAUCAAUAGUUAUCUAGUUGAGCUAUUGUUGGUAGAAUUUUGAGGUUAGUAGAGAUAUUUUACCUUUCUAAUUAUUAAUUAUUAAAUUUAUAGGCUUUACAAAUUUAAGUACAUUAAAUCAAUCAUUUGCAUUAUUGCACACUUGACUUUACAAACAAUAAACUCUUUUCUAAGCACAAGCCGAUAGGGGUGUUCACAUUCAUUUUGGUUUGGCAACCAAACCAAACCGAAAAUUUUAGUUUUGGAUACACACCAAACCGGAUCGAUUAUUUGGUUGGAACCUUAAAUAUUUUAUCUGAUUUUCUUCUAUUAGCAUACAGUAAAUUUAUGUACUUUGGUUCCACUUUUAGCAUCAUAUAAACAAUUCAGUUUGGUUUACAAAUCCAAAAACCAAUCAAACAAAAUUUUGAUUUUCUUACAAUUUAAAAUCUAAUUGAACCAACUUCAGUUAAAAAUGAAUUUCUGAUUCGAUUCAAUUUGAUUUGAUUGCAUGGAGUAAACAACCCUACAAGCAGGUAGAUUUAUUAGCACAGAGUCAGGUUGUUGGGUACAGCAAGAUUAGUCAGUAAUAUAUGGUUUUUCAUCUUUACAAAUAUAAAAUUAAGCUUUGCAAACCCAAUAUUUAUAAAUCCCAUAAUAUAUUAUGAGUCAAAUAUCCUUGAUUGGUUAUAUUCCUCCAAAAGUCAAGGCCUGAAGUCAACCACCACCUGAAUAUGGUAAGCCAAGUUUGUACUAUAAAAAUGCCUUUGCUUCUUCCAUUUUUCAGAAACCAACAAAAAGGAGAAAUAGAAGAAGAAGCUGCUGGUCUUGUGUGUUUUGGCAGAAUGAUAGGCAUGGCAUUAUGCAGAGGUUCAAUGUCCAUGGCCACCAUUGUCUUCUUAACUUGUGUGUGGAUCCCUUUGAGCCAACUGAAGGCAGCCAUUUCGAGCAUGUUCGACAUUCUAUCGGGUCGAACGUGUCAGAUGCUCACGACAGCGUCGCUGCCAUGUGAGGUAAAACUUCUGGUUUGUAGGUUCGAAGAGCUGCAGCGUGCAGUUGGAUCAGAGGAGGAAAUUUGCUCUGUUUGCUUGACGGAGUUCACCAGAGAGCAUUUGGUGAGCCAAUUGCAUAGAUGUAGCCAUGUUUUCCACCUAGAAUGUAUUGAGAGUUGGCUACAAAGAAACCAAUUUACCUGCCCUCUCUGCAGAUCCUUCAUCUUCCAACCAUUGUGAAUCUUUUAGAAUCUCAAUUUGGCUGUUUCGAAAAGAUAUAGUUCAACUAGUAUGACAAAAUUGUGUUGUUGAUUAUAUUGAUGGAUAGAUUGUUGAAUGUGA